AUGACGAUGACGAUUGAUAAUUUGGCUGCAGAUUUCAGAAAAGUAGGAGAACAGUUGCCUGUUGCUCCGUCACCACCGCCUGAUGAUUUGAUAGCUUUUGUCGAUGCUUGUACAUCAAGUAAAAAAAAUGCAACAACCAAGAGAAGAGCGAUAAGGUUAGGUUCCCAGUCGAGUUUGGAUGGAUCCAACCAAGUGACAACCGCAAGUAUAAGCAUUGCACCACCAGCUAGUUGGUGCUCAUGGACAAUUCCCAAAAUGAAAAAAUCUCGAGGAAAUGAAGAUCUGGCACCUGAAGCCGACGCUGGAAGAGUCAAAGGAAGAACGAAUGUGGACGGUAAAAAAUCUGGCCGUCGGGCGAGCUCUAGCAGUAAAAGAAACCCUCCUGUUUCGAAGGCUAACGUACUUCUAGUAUGUGACAGAAAAAAGAAAACUGUUAAUGCAGAUCCUCGGAUUUGCCGUAAGUGCAAUCAAAGAGGACACACGUUUUUAAAAUGCCCCAAUUACCCAAUCGGUGGAAGGAGUGUUGAGAAAAACCAUAUUUCUCUUAGCAGCGCUCCUUCAGUUGGCAUAAAUUUGGCAACGAAUGAAGAUUGGAGUGUUGAAAAUUCUAGGUCUUAUAAAGAAAACUCAAGAUGCGAUGUCUCCAGUAGAAGGAAGGUAGCGGGAAAUGUUUAUAGUUGGAAUCGAGGACAAAAGACUCUGCAUGCCACCGAACCAAAACCGAGUGACAAUUGGAGAGCUAGUGGUGAGGCUUGGUCACCAUUUCCCAGUUUUCUUGAUCUACCUUCUACUUCGGGUACUAGCGGUGUAACGCGAGCUGGAUUGGACAAGUGCGACAUACAACCAAAUGUGAAUGAAAACUUUCCUACACCUAAACAUGUAAUCGAUGUGGAAAUGAGAUGGAAUCUUGAAGAAAUUUAAAGUUUGAGGAAGCACGAUUCACUACAACCUAUGGGACAGUUUUGUGAGAUGGAACUUAACAAAUCGGAUGUACAGGUAACU